GUAGCACUGAGAUCAAAGCUGGCCGGAAAACGCAGGCAGACUUGAUCGUCUUAGUAGAAAGUAAGACGCAAAGAAAUCCAGAUACCAUGGUGAAGCGCAGAAGGUUGAAUGUUGUUCGAAAAAGUGGCAAAUCACAAGUUAAAACACAAUUAAUUGAUAGCUCUAAUGAAGUCAACCACAUCAUAAAUGAAGAGUGUGCACAAUUUGGAGUAGAUACAUUUACAAGAGAAAAUCUAAUGGUAGCAAGCCUUAAUCACCAAAAUUACCAAUCACAAACAGAACAACAAAUACCAGUGGAAAGUCAAGUUGAAUCUCAUAUUUCUGUUGGGAGAACGAGAACUGGUUUACAUAAAGACACCAUUUUGAGUCGCAAAAGGUCGAAUGCUGUUCGAAAAGGUAGAAAAUCACUGGCUAAAAAGAAACAAUUAGUUGAUAGCUCUAAUGAAGUCAACCAAAACAACCACAGUAAAACUGAAGAGUUUGCACAAUUUGAAGGAGAUACAAGAGAGAAUCUAAUGCUAGUUAGUCUGAAUCACCAAAAUGAUGUACCACAAUCAGAACAGCAAAUACACGUGGGAAGUCAUGUUGAAUAUCGUAUUUCUUGUGGUAGAAUGGGUAAUAAUUUACCUAAAGAUACUAUGGGGAGGCAAACAAGGUUGGGUGUUCGAAAAAGUGGCAAAGCACAAGCUAGAGAGCAAUUAAUUCAUAGCUCUAAUGAAGUCAACCGAAACAACAUUCUAAAUGAGAAUUGUGCACACUGUGGAGGAGGCACAAGAGGGAAUCUAAUGGAAGUGAGUUUGAAUAAUCAAACUGACAAAUCACAGUCAAAACAGCCAAUACAACUGGGAAGUUUACCUGAAGCUAUAAUAGAUACCAUAGGGAGCCGCAUAAGGUUUAAAGCUGUUAGAAAAAAUGGCAAAGCACAUGCUGAAGAGCAGUUAAUUGUUAGCUCUGAUGUAGUCAACCAAAACAGCCAAUUUGGAGGAGAUACAAGAGAAAAUUUAAUGGUAGCAAUUCCGAGUCACCAAAAUCACGAAUCACAAUCAGAACAGCAAAUACAAUUGGGAAGUCAUGCUGAAUAUCCUAUUUCUCUUGGUACAAUGGGUAAAAAUCUACCGAAGGAUACCAAAGGGAGGCACAAAAGAUCAAGUGCUGUUCAAAAAGCUGGCAAAGCACAAGCUGAAGAGCAACUCACAAGAAGGAAUCUAAUGGUGGCAAGUCUUAACCUCCAAAAUGACCAAUCACGAUCAGAACAAGUUCAAGUGGGAAGUCAUGUGGAAUCUCCUAUUUCAUUUGGUAGAAUGAGUAAAAGAUUACCUAAAGAUACCAUGGAGAGGAACAAAAGGGAGAACGCUAUUCGAAAAAGUGGGAAAUCACAAGCUGAAAAGCAAUUAAUUGAUAGCUCUAUUGAAGUCAACCAAAACAACCACAAUAUAAAUGAUGAGUGUGACCAAUUCGUUGGAGUAGAUACAACAGGGAAUCCAAUGGUAACAAGUCCUAAUCACCAAAGUGACCAGUCACAAUCAGAACAAAUACCAGCAGAAAGUCAUGUUGAAACUCCUAAUUCUUUUGGUAGAAUGAGAAAAAGUUUAACCAAAGGCCAAAAGAGGGUACGAGGUUAUACCCGAAUGUCAGAGGUGUGGGAUUUACCAGAUGGAGAAUUCAUAUGUGUUGAAGUAGAUGCUUUAGGUAAUCCUAUUGGGUGGGAAGGAAAAAAACUUUUGAAUGCACUGGGCUGCUUGGUAAGGAAGCACCAAUAUGCUCCCAUCAAUAUUCUAAGCUGGAAAGACAUGCCAGAGUUGAACAUAACAAAGAUGCUUCAGCUGAUAGAGAGUAAGUUUCACUUUGUUCCAAAAUUGACCGAGCAAACAAAGCAAAUACUAAAAGAUAACCUUAGUGCUAAGUGGAGGCAAUUCAAACAUGAUUUGAAAGCAAAAGGAUAUGAUGAAAACAAGACUGAGGAAGAAAUGGCUGCCAACAUCCCCGAUAGAAGAGUUGACCCUUCGCAGUAUCGUGCUUUAGUACAUCAUUGGUGUUCCCAGGAGGGACAGAAAAUAAGUAACAUCAACAAAAGGAAUCGCUCAAAAUAUGAGGAUUUACACUGCAUGGGAACCAAGAAUCUUUCAAGGUUCAUUCAUGAGACAACCGAGGCUAAUGGAGUACAACCUUCACGAGCUCAAAUUUAUAUUCAAACUCGUACUCGUAAAGAUGGGAGUAUUGUGACUGACAAGGCAGCUAAUGUGAUUGGUGAAUUAAAGAAGCAUAUGGUGGAGGCAACAAGUUCAAAAACUCCUCAAACAACUCAAGAUUCCACAAAUUGGCAGAAUGACGUAUACUCAAAAGUAAGAGGCCCUGAAAGGAGAGGAUCUGUGCGCUGUCUUGGCAAGGUUCCAUGUAAUGCUUUAGUUCAGAGAGCUAAUGUUGAAAAUAGGGUACACAAAUUAGAAAAUUUGCUUGGGAAUCUUGUUUCUGUUCUUCAAACACGAUUUUCAGCAGAUCAACAAAUUAAUGAUGUUUUGCAAGCUAUAGCGCAAGAGGUACCUAAUGCUCCAAGUAAACCAAAUGACUCAUUUAGUAACGAUCAGCAAACUACAAGUGAUAGCAAUUGGGAGUGUUGAUACUGGAACCAGGUUUCGAUAUAGGGAGAUGAUGGCGAUGACAGGAGAAUACUAUGAUUUAGAGAAUUUGUAUGUCACUCCUAUUUUUGGAGGAAGAAGUACUUUGAUUAGAUCUGAGGUAUUAUUAACGGAUAUAGCGUUUGUUCAAAUGUAAAAUUGGCAUCCAAGAUUUCCUAAGUAAUCUGAUUCUGAGCCUUAUAUACAUGUUGGGUGGCUUGGCUUUCCCUUUUUGUCUGUAAUUUCAAUAUGCUCUGCACUUAAUGCUGAUGGAUUCUUAAGGAAUAGGAAGUUGGAGAUGGACAGUAACCUUUCAUUUUUAUGAAUCUUUUGGUAACUGCCUAA